AUGGAAGCUCUCAUCCAUGACUUCAAGCGCGCGCUCGCUGAGCGUAAUGGCUACGACCUGGCCGCAACCAUAACUCCCGUCCCUCCCCCAAAGGAUGCCGGCCGCCUGUAUGCCUUCUAUCGCAGCACCAACUCUUUUAGCGUCCAGUCCGACAUCCGCCACGCUAUCACCCAGGGCAGGGGACUGCACCUCGCCAAGGUUGAGAGUGCCGCCUGGGUCGACGUGUUUGUAGCAUACUGGAAAGCCGUCGGUGAGAUCCUGACGGCUGAGGAGAUCACUCGACAAGGGCACAAAGAGGCCGACUGGGCCAAGGUCUAUAUUGCGUGGAAAGAUGUCGUCAACAACCUCAUCAAGGGCUACUCGAACGCCCACUUCCCCGCCUGGUCCAUUCCGUGUCUCUAUGCCGCUGCAAAGUACCUUCGCACUUUCGCCAUGACAGCCGACGAGCGGGCGAGCAAGAACAAGGGCAGCGUUAGCUUCAAUACUGGCUUUCAAGACGAUGUCGUUGACUCUCUCGGCAAGAAUGAGAAGCUCGAAGAUGCCGCAAGACAAAUCAACCGUAUCUUCACACUGUGCAUUAGCGAUCGAGAGUCGCUCGAAGACUCCCGCAAGUGGGCCCUCUAUUACGUUACGAACAUCUUAUUCAAGACCUACUUCAAGCUGAAUGCCGUGGGCCUGUCGAAAAACCUACUGCGUUCAUUGCAUGCUUCCCGACACGACAUGCCGUCGCUUGAUGUUUUCCCAAAGUCGCAUCAAGUCACCUUCAAAUACUACUGCGGUGUCUUGAGUUUCCUUGACGAGGACUACAAGCAAGCCGAGGAGCAUCUAACGCAAGCUUGGCGCUUGUGCCAUAGGGGCGCCAAGAAGAAUCUCCAGUUGAUUCUGACCUACUUGAUACCAUGUCAUCUGCUGACCACUCACACCCUUCCGACGGCUGCUCUGCUUGAGCCGUAUCCACAUUUGCAGCGACUCUUUACCCCGCUUGCUACCUGCAUCAAACGAGGAGAUCUUGCUGGCUUUGAUGCUGCUCUUAUAGCCGGAGAAGAAGAGUUUGUCAAGCGCCGUAUUUACUUGACGCUUGAGCGCGGUCGCGACAUUGUGCUCCGCAAUCUGCUUCGCAAGGUCUUCAUUGUCGGCGGAUUUGAGCCCUUAAAGGAAGGAGAAACAGAAGCAAACAGGAUACGUCGGACCCGUAUCCCCAUCACGGAAUUCUGUGCAGCCCUUAACAUCAGCAUGGGAAGACGAGAAGGGGAGUCUCUAGACAACGAUGAGGUCGAGUGUUUGCUGGCGAACAUGAUCUACAAGAACUUGAUGAAGGGCUACAUCUCUCGUGAACACGGAAAAGUUGUGCUUAGUAAAGGAGGCAUGGCCUUCCCGGGCACAGGUGUUUGA